CCCUCCCCCUCCCGGCGGCGGCGGCGGCGGCGGAGCCGGGCGCGGCUGGCGGCGGCCCCGAGGCGCGGCCGGGCGGGAUCAUGGCGGACGGCGUGGACCACAUCGACAUCUACGCCGAUGUGGGCGAGGAGUUCAACCAGGAAGCUGAAUAUGGUGGACAUGAUCAGAUUGAUUUGUAUGAUGAUGUAAUUUCUCCGUCUGCAAAUAAUGGAGAUGCCCCAGAAGAUCGUGAUUAUAUGGAUUCUCUCCCACCAUCAGUUGGAGAUGACGUAGGUAAAGGAGCUGCACCAAAUGUUGUCUAUACGUAUACUGGAAAGAGAAUUGCCUUGUACAUUGGAAAUCUGACUUGGUGGACAACAGAUGAAGACUUAACUGAAGCAGUUCAUUCAUUGGGGGUAAAUGAUAUUUUGGAGAUAAAAUUUUUUGAAAAUCGUGCUAAUGGCCAGUCUAAAGGGUUUGCCCUUGUGGGUGUGGGAUCAGAAGCAUCCUCCAAAAAGCUGAUGGACUUGCUGCCUAAAAGAGAAUUGCAUGGGCAGAAUCCAGUUGUAACUCCAUGUAAUAAACAAUUUUUGAGUCAGUUUGAAAUGCAGUCAAGGAAAACCACACAGUCUGGCCAGAUGUCAGGGGAAGGUAAAGCUGGGCCUCCAGGAGGAAGCUCGCGAGCAGCAUUCCCACCUAGUAACAGAGGGCGAGGCCGUUUUCCUGGUGCCAUUCCAGGUGGAGACAGAUUCCCUGGACCAGCAGGGCCAGGAGGGCCACCACCACCUUUCCCAGCUGGACAAACUCCCCCACGUCCACCGUUAGGUCCUCCUGGUCCACCAGGCCCACCAGGCCCUCCACCUCCUGGUCAGGUCCUCCCACCUCCUUUAGCUGGACCUCCUAAUCGUGGUGACCGUCCACCACCACCAGUUCUGUUUCCAGGACAGCCUUUUGGUCAGCCUCCGCUCGGGCCCCUUCCUCCAGGCCCUCCACCACCAGUUCCAGGCUACGGGCCACCACCAGGUCCGCCACCACCUCAGCAGGGUCCACCUCCACCUCCGGGUCCAUUUCCCCCUCGUCCACCUGGGCCUCUUGGGCCGCCCCUGACUCUUGCUCCUCCUCCACAUCUCCCUGGGCCACCUCCAGGUGCUCCACCGCCUGCACCACACGUGAAUCCAGCUUUCUUCCCCCCACCUGCCAAUAGUGGCAUACCUACUUCAGACAGCCGUGGCCCACCUCCAACAGAUCCGUAUGGCCGACCUCCACCAUAUGACAGAGGUGACUAUGGGCCACCUGGAAGGCGUUUCACUGGAAAUAACAUGCCCAUAAGAGAAAAAUUACAUAUUCCAUUCUAUGGGAGGCACACGAAAAAUAAUACUCAAAACUCAGGGAGAUUUUCUGUAUCGUUCAGAGACUGGCUAAUAGGAUGCUGCAAAACUUCUGAGAACAAUUUUGUAGAAAUGGAUGCUGCAAGGACACCUCUAAGUGAAGCAGAAUUUGAAGAAAUCAUGAAUAGAAAUAGGGCGAUCUCAAGCAGUGCCAUUUCAAGAGCUGUAUCAGAUGCCAGUGCUGGGGACUAUGGAAGUGCUAUAGAGACCCUGGUAACUGCAAUUUCCUUAAUUAAACAGUCCAAAGUAUCUGCUGACGAUCGUUGUAAAGUUCUUAUUAGCUCUCUUCAAGACUGCCUUCAUGGGAUUGAGUCCAAGUCUUAUGGUUCUGGAUCCAGAAGACGUGAACGAUCCAGGGAGAGGGACCACAGUAGGUCACGAGAAAAAAGUAGACGCCACAAAUCACGUAGUAGAGAUCGCCAUGAUGACUAUUAUCGGGAAAGAAGUCGGGAAAGAGAGAGGCAUCGUGAUCGCGACAGAGAUCGCGACAGAGAACGAGACAGAGAGAGAGAGUAUCGCCAUCGUUAAAGAAGCUGAAGGAAGAGGAACAGCGUGCAAGACAAGAUACGUUCUUCAAGGAAAGAUGCUUGUCCAGCAGUUUGCUUCAUGUGAUUGAACUGAGCCUGUAAGGAUUCAUGGAUAAAAUGAACAGGAAUAGAUCUGAAUAAAGCAAAUCUGCAUACAUGGUAACCAGUAGCUCUUUUACUUUUUUUAUGUUGCUUAACUGUUUUAUUUGAGGGAAACCUGUGUGAUUUAAACCUUAUAGCUUUUGCAACUUUAUUACUGGUUAUAUACAUUUGGCAAUUAUAAUGUGCAAGCAAUUGGAAAAAGUCAAGUAAAUGCUUGUUUUUAUAGUAGUUUGUUCAUGUUAAAAUGUUCAUAUGAUAAUGUCUGUACACAGCACCACUUUGAUUACAGUAGAUGUAGUGUUGUAAUAAACUGUUUAAUGGGGCUGAUGUGUAAA